GGCGUGGAAUGGAUGCAGCCGGAGCGUGUCGCUGUGAAGGCCUCACGACCUCCUGUGGUCUGCUUUCAUGCGAGACCCUGACGGCCAGGAGCGCUGAGCUCCUGCGGUUCUGUUUGUUCCCCUGAGCAAGCGGCAGUUGGUGGCUGAUGGCGCCAAGCCCAGCUGCCGGGCUGCCCCCGGCCCGGCCGUCUAGCAGCCACCUGUGGCGCGCCGGCGGCGUCCUCCAGCCCGUAUCCGGCUCGCACGUCCUGCUGCAGGGGCCGAGGCGCCGCCACCGGCGUCCCCCGGGCGCCGUCGUCCGAGCUGCGCCGGACGCGCCCCCGGUGGUCAGGGCGGGCGUCAGCGCCGUCACCGAGCUCCUCAGAGCCAUUGCCCCAAACAAGACGCCCAGGGACGCUGCCGAGCAGGGUGAGGAGCCAGACCCGCCGCCGUGCGGCAGCGUCGAGGAUGUGCUCGCCGUGCUCCGAGACGACUACCGACGCGCCUACUUCCUCACCGGGGAUUUCACUCCGGGCAUAUACACUGAAGAUUGCUUGUUUGAGGAUCCGACGAUAAAGUUCCGGGGACUAUCUAGAUACUCUCAGAAUCUGGAUCUACUAGUGCCAUUCUUCGACAGCCCUUCGCUUGAGCUCGAAAACAUUGAAAAGGGUUUGAGGGUUGAAACAAGGUUCAUCAAAGCAACAUGGAAACUAAGGUGCUUGAAAAGAAAAGACAUAUUUGAGGCUUCCAUGGAGACCCCUUAUUGCGAUCAGAGGGAACACAACCUAUGA